GCGGGAGGAGAAGCAGGAGAAUGAGGAGGAAGGAGGAGGAAGAGACGAAGGAGUAGGAGAAGGAAGAAGACGAAGAGACGAAGAGGAGGAUGAAGGUGGAGAAGGAGGCGGAGAAGGAGGAGGGCGAAAGACGAAAGGAGGAGGAGAACGAAGACACGAAGGAUGAGGAGGAAGGAGGAGGAGGAGGAAGGAGGGGGACGAAGAGAGAGAAGGAAGAAGAGAAGGGUGGAGGAGGAGGAGGAGGAGGAGGAGGAGGAGGAGGAGGAGGAGGAGAGCCAGUUUUCCGUACGUCUCUUCGUGGAGUUAAGUUGGGAGGAGGGGAGACGAGCAAAAAUGGCAAGCAGACGAGGUUCUUUGGCUGUUACACCAGUGCACUAUUGAUUUCUAUGGUGGCCAAACAGAUAGAAAAGCGAGAGCGCCCUGUCCUGCCAACGAGUACGAAUAGGGGCGUGGAGGCCCCUGAUCAACAGCACUUGGUGAUCCUCAGAAGGCUUAGUGAGGAGGAGAAGGACGCAGAAGAGGCGGCGGCGGCGGCGGCGGUGGUGGUGGUGGUGGUGAUUGAGGAGGCACAGCCAGUGAGGAUGGCUGCGGGCAGCCCAUCGUCGAGAGGUGAAGUCUCUGGAGAACAAGUGCAGGCGUGGCAUGGUGAUUAUGCUCAGGGAAGCAUGGUAAGCAGGACAAGACAGCCGAAUGCGGGUGAAGUGAUUGUGGCGGCGGAGGAGGAUAGCGAGGAGACGAGAGAGGCCGAAAAUAGGGAGCUGGACGAGUGUAAUGGUGGAGAGCACAUCAGCAGAGAAGAGGAGGGCAAUGCCCAUGAGCAGGAGGACGAAGACGAUGAAGGCGAUGUGGAGACUGCGGUCACAGGAGUCGAUAACUUGGCUCCUGGUUGGUUAGGACACUACCACUCUAUGAUGGGUCAGAGUGCUGAGCAAGGAGGAGGAAGGGUCCAAGAAAGUAGAGGCUUGUAUGAAGCUUGUGCAGAGGACAAUGGUGGUCGUAACAAUGUUGACGAGGAGGAUGAGGAGGACGAGGAGGAGGAGGAGGAGGAGGAAGACGACGAGGAGGAUGACGAAGACGAUGAAGAGCAUGAGAAGAGAACGGCUGCUGGCCAAGAGUUCAUCGACAGGCAGAUGGCGGGCGAGUGUGGCGAGAACCCAUUGCAGGAAAAUAGGUCCAAUCCCAACAGGAGCUGGAGUCAGCUGCUGGAAGGGUCCAUGGGGAGCAUGAAUGAGAAAGGGGGUGAAGAAGGAGAAGGAGGUGGUGUGCCUCGGAAGGUUGACCGGAUUGAAGAGCGUGAGGAAGCAAGGGAGGAGGUUAUGAAAGGCAUGGAAGACAACGAGCUAACGGACACAGAUGUGAGGGAGCAGCAGCUAGAGGCAGAGAAGGCUCCUCUGGUUGAUGGCACGAUGGCAGAGCGUGUUGAUUACGGAAAGGAAGGAGUGACAGAUAUGGCAGAAGCUGGGACAGGGAGGCUAGACGUUGAGGCAUCGGAUAAGGGUAUCACGGAUGGAAGUGGUUCCAGAGAGCAUGAUGGAGAAGAGAGGGAGGAAGGAGACGGACAAGCAGCAACAAACGGGAGCAGUGGAGGAGCAGAUGUCGAAGCAAGGCAGGCAGGUGGGCGAAGGAAGAGGAAAUCAAAUGGAAACAUGGAUGUGUCGGACGAAGGUGCGACGGUGACGAGGCGAGUGAAGAAGAAGGGGUCUGGGUGCUGGACUAAAGUGGGCAAACGGGGAGCAAAACGAGGGGGAGCUGGCAAGGGUGGAGGGUCUGUUAGUAAUCAGCGGCUGAGCCACGGACGGAGCAGCAUGGACAGGCCUGACAUCUCGAAUAUGGUGGCGUUAAACCCAGCUCCCAAUUUGAUGGAUCCCGACGAGCGGCCGGGGGAGCCCAUCGUGCUGUCAAAAACACAUAAGGCCAGUCAAAUUCAAAUAGGACAAGACGGUCUGAGCGCAACGAGCUGGAAAGGCUAUAGGAUGGUGAGGGCUACUCGAGGAGUUGUUGAGGGAGUGUGGUACUUCGAGAUCAAGGUGGACCAUCUGGGGGAGACGGGCCACACACGACUUGGAUGGUGCAAUCAGAAGGGAGAUGUUCAAGCGCCCGUCGGGUAUGACCAGAAUGGGUAUUCGUAUCGCGAUCUGGAAGGAGUAAAGGUGCAUGAAGGGUACCGAUUGCCGUAUGGCGAGCCAUACGGUGAGGGCGAUGUGAUCGGGUGUCUGAUAAAUCUGCCGGAUGGUGCUCGAUAUGCCCCCAAGCCCAGCGAGUUCAUCCAGAGAAAGGGGGCUUAUUACUUACAACAGGAGGCCGGUGACGAGCCGCUUCAGACUGUGCCAGGCAGUGGGAUUAUGUUUGUGAAGAAUGGUGUUUGUCAGGGUGAAGCAUUUGAGAACAUCUAUGCAGGUCAGUAUUUUCCGGCUGCGUCGAUGUACACCCUUCCGACGCAGACAGAAGGGUGCACGGUAUCUUUCAAUUUUGGGCCAGAAUUUUGGCUGCCUCCCAAAAUAAUGAAGGAUGGCGUGGAGCUCGUGUAUCAACCAAUGUCAAAAGCCCCGUCGUUCGUACACCCCGCUUCCCUGAAUCCAGAGAAUCCACUGGAGAACAACGGAAGCAGAGAGGUUAGUGACGUGGCAAAUGGCAGGCAGUGGGCCAUCGAGAACACAUGUGCAGCACCUGUCUCGGGGGCGCGAUCUGGUAUGGUGGCAGCCGUGGCACAAGAGAGAACUUCGGCAGCAUCGGGAUGGAACACUGCAUCAGGUGACACUUGUAGCAAUGGGACCAGGACAAGAGGUGGUCCCAAGAGACGGAGUUGGCAGCGAGGAGAGAGCAAGAUGAAGGGUGGCGCUGGCAUUGGUGAAGGGUCGACAGGGUGGGAAGGGGAAGAGGAUGAAAGUGUAGGGAGGGCAGAGAGAGAGGUGGAGAAUGGAGGGGCGGUAGGAGGACGAAGGAGAGAUAGGAUGAUGGCUGGAGAUCCUCCACCAAGGAAAGGGGGUGUGGUGGGGGGCCUGAGAAGGGUGGUGGGAGGUGGAGGCCAGCACAACAGGAUAAGAGAGGAAGUCUCCUUUGGGAUGGAGCGGCCUAGCAGAGGAGCCGCAGGAGCCAGAGGAGCAGGUACCCGCAAUGGGCCACGAGGAUCGUUGGAAGUGACGAUGCCAGCGGCCGGGAAAUCAAAGCUUAGAAGCGCCAACGUGAUGGACAGAGCACUGGGUGUCGUCAGCAAGAAGGCCCUCGGGAAAGCUGUGGGCAAGGGUAGGGGAGUGACUGGUGGCGGUGGUGGGUUGAAGACAAAGGGAUUGGUACGGAAUUUGCAAGAGCAUGGGCUGAAAGUGAAGGGGCUGAAGCGCGUGGGAGUCAAAUAGUGACAGCGUUGCUCACGAUGGGCAAAGGGAUGGUAAUGGAUGGGGCACCCGAGCCCCUGUGUGGUGGUGGUGCUGCUGUACACGGGUGGGGAUUGGGGCAGAAGGCUGAGGGCUGGGGUUUUGACCAUGCAUGCUGUAACCGGUCCGGCCAGGGUCCGGGUGCUGGGGGUGGGAGUGAGUCCGUAGGUAGGUGUUUGGGAGGUAGAGAAGAUGGGUUGUGGGGUCCCUACCACAUGGGGAAUGUAAAUGAUAUUCCACAGC